AUGUCUGCCCUCAUCUCUUUUUCCCAAGCCACCAAGGUGGAGAGACUCGACUCCCACACAUACAAAACUAACCUGCUGGACUCCUAUUGCAUUGGGACUGUCCCCAAUGGCGGGUAUUCCGCUUCUUGCCUGUUGGAGGCAGCCCGUUUGCAUUUGGCAUCAAAACACCAAAAAGAUGCCAUGACGUCGCAUUUCCAAUUUCUCAAUCGAACCGAAGUUGGCCCUGCUAUCAUCAUCAUCUCGGAAACCAAGCCAGGAAGACAGUUCUCGAUGCUUCAUCUGACACUCUACCAACGAGGACUACUCGACCAAGCGCCCUGGAUUACCAAGGGAACGUCCCGGGCCGAGAUCACGGCCUAUCUGACCAUGACGGAUCUCUCCAGAGAGCAAGGACUCACACUGCCCACUUUGUGGUCAUUGCCGUCCAAGACUGCCUCUCCAGACUUUUCCCUGUUGAAAUCAAAGAGGCAGGAUGACAACUGGCGGGAGCUCGACCUUGGAUCUUCCGGAGCGUUUGGCACAUACGCACGGGUUUUGGACAACUGCCAUUUUUACUUUCCAAAGCGGGGACAGGAGCACCCGAGUGUAAUCGACCUGUGGAUGCGAUUCAAGAUCCCGUCAGAGGGGUUCACAAACUCCUCCCUCGGGCUCGUCAGUGAUGCUUUCCCCUACGUCGUCGAAGCGUUUCGGCCCCCUCCAGGCGGCGAAACAGAUAAGCCAUUCAAAGCGACCGAGAUGUUCUGGUAUCCGACGAUCGUGAUGAGUCUGGAACUGAAACGUUCGCUGCCCGAGGAAAAGGGGGUUGAGUGGCUCAGGUUGAGGAUGCAAAGCAAAGAGAUCAGAAACGGAAGACUGGACCUGGAAGUGGUGAUUACGGACGAAAAAGGGGAGUUGAUCGGGGUCAGCAACCAGGUCAAUUUGAUCCUGGGCAGCGAAAGAAACACCGGAGGCCGGGAGAUUGGGAAGAUCUGA